AAGACGACCGGUCAGUGUUGGUUCAUGUUCAUGUUGCUGUCGCGUCUCGUAGAGGUUUGUGACUAGGGGCGAGACGUGGGCUGAUGACGCCAUCGGGUCAGAACAUAUACGGACUCGCCGUCCACACGCGCGCGCGCGGCGUCUCCAGAUUGACCCUCUCUGUCUGGGACACGGUCUCACAACCGAGACGCCGGACCCGUCUAAUCUAUGCUGCUCUUCACUCCCGAGUUUCCUAAAGGUGUUACUGGAUGUGAUCCACGUAACACUAUUAUAAAGAUGGCAUUUAUUAAAGAGGAGAGUGAAGACAUUAAGAUUAAAGAAACAUUCAAACAAGAAGAUACUGAGAAACAAACAAAGAUGGAGUUUAUUAAAGAGGAGAGUGAAGAGAUCAAGAUUGAAGAAACAUUCAGAGUCAAACGUGAAGAUACUGAGGAACAAACAGACCUGAUGACACUGAAAGAUGAGAGUCAAGAACUCAAUCAAAAGGAAGAAAAUAAACAAAAAGAAGCUCAAAAGGUGGCAAAUAGAAGUUAUUUCACCUGCCAACAGUGUGGAAAGAGUUUCAAAGAGCAUGGAAAACUCAAUUCCCACAUGAGAAUUCACACUGGAGAGAAACCUUUUGUCUGCCAACAAUGUGGAAAGAGUUUUACCGAAAAAGGAAACCUUAAUGUUCACAUGAGAGUUCACACUGGAGAAAGCCCUUUCACCUGCCAACAGUGUGGAAAGAACUUCACACAAAAAGUUCACCAUAAAAACCACAUGAGAAUUCAUUCUGGAGAGAAGCCUUACACCUGCAAAAUGUGUGAAAAGAGCUUCACUCAAAAAUCCAACCUUAAAAGUCACAUGAAAAUUCACAGUGGAGAGAAACCUUACACAUGUUCUCAUUGUCAAAGGAGUUUUACAUAUAAACAUAACCUUGAUGUCCACACAAGAACUCACACUGGAGAGAAACCUUUCACCUGCCAACUGUGUGGAAAGAGUUUCAUUCGAAAGCCGAACCUUAAAAUCCACAUGACAAUUCACAGUGGAGAGAAACCAUUCAUAUGUUCUCAAUGUGGAAAAAGUUUUACAUACAAACACCACCUCAAGGACCACGUGAGGAUUCAUUCUGGACAGAAACCUUUCACCUGCAAACUGUGUGGAAAGAGUUUCACUAAAAGAGGAGACCUUAACAAACACAUGAAGAUUCAUACUGGAGAGAAUUAUUUCACCUGCCAACAGUGUGGGAAAAGUUUCACCAGAAAAGGAAAUCUUGAAGUUCACAUGAGAGUUCACACUGGAGAGAAACCUUUCACAUGCUCUCAAUGUGGAAGAAGUUUUACAUAUAAACGUACCCUUGAUGUCCACAUAAGAAUUCACACUGGAGAGAAACCUUUCACCUGCCAAAAAUGUGGAAAGAGUUACACUGAAAAAGGAAACCUUAAAGACCACAUGAGAGUUCACACUGGAGAGAAACCUUACACCUGCAAUCUGUGUGGAAAGAGCUUCAUUCGAAAAUCAAACCUUAAAACCCACAUGAGAAUUCACAGUGGAGAGAAACCUUACACUUGCUCUCAAUGUGGAAAAAGUUUUACAUAUACACAAUACCUCGAUGACCAUAUGAGGAUUCAUACUGGAGAGAAACAUUUCACCUGCCAACAUUGUGGAAAGAGUUUCACUCAAAAAGGAAACUUUAGGAAACACAUGAAGAUUCACAGUGGAGAGAAGCCCUUUACAUGUGAUCAGAGUUUCGGACGUAAAGUUACUCCUUAAUAUGUACAACCACACCAGUGUGAUUAUUGUUGAACGUGAUUAACUGCUAAAUUCAAAUAUGCUUUCGUGCUUUGGCUGGUGCCGAGCCAGAGAUGGACGUCGUGCUCAGCGCUUGUUAUGUGUGUGCUUUAAUAAAAACAAAUGGAAGCAUUAAAAUGUUCCUUAAAUAUGAUGUGCCUUAGUGUUGAAUGAUGAAUUAACAAAUUCAGAAACUGCAAGUUGUCAACUUAAACAGCUCCUUUGAAACAACUAAACUGCGGUUUUGAAAAAAGAACUGAAUGAACUGAAACUCAGCGAAUACAUGCCUCACAGACUUGAUAAAUAUAUCUAUAGGAAGCUUUAAAUGAAUACUUUACUAAAUAAAACAAAUCAAAAACAAAAACUCUUUCAUUAUAAACAUAUUCAUAAUCUGUAAAGAUGCAUUUCUCUUUCACGGUGCGUCCAAUGAGUAGAUGGCGAGUCAACAUCGGCAACUUCAGGAUUGGUCUUGUGUUGUUUCCACCAGCGUUGCAAUUUUUUUGUCAUCACUAAUUGAUGGAUGUCUAAAAUAUAAAAAUAAGGAUAAGCUUAAAACAGGCCCGAGGCCCAGCCCAUGUCUGAACUAUGAUGUGAAAACUGGCCCUAAGCUCGUAAAAAAGUCGGGGCCUGUCGGGCUCGGGCUGAAAUGCAUGGCUCUACUCUCUGGAGAAAUCUAAACUUUAAAGAACAUGAUUGAAUCCUCAAACUCAGCAGUUAACGAACUGCGACAGGAUAUCACCCGCCAAGCUGAACUUGGUAAAUCUUUACAAGGGCGGAUGGAUUCUAUGAAUACAAACAUGCAAAUUGAUUGCGAAGAUGUAACGUCCGACUCGGGGGCAAUACAUCAAUCGAACCUGUAAAGGGUCUACUUUUAUUUUUAUACACAAUAACAACAAAACUUUGUGCAUUUAUAAAAUAAAGAAAACAAACAGGGUGCGAUGUCUGCCGCCUUCAUUCUG